AUGAACUCGAUAACAGCAACCAUGCCGUUACGGGCUACUGCACUUCCCAAACCAUAUCUCCGGUUUACUAUCCGGACCUACGCAAGUGCAGUGGCUGCAUCACGAUGCAGUCGCCCCCUGCUAGCAAGCAGCAACCAAUUCCAGUUGACCACAAAGCGGCCCAUCUCGUCAACGCCGCAGACACAAAUCAAAGACUACUUCCCUCCGCCCAAGGCUCCUCACAUCAGGGAGGUUGAGACGGCCUGGGUUCAUCCUAUUUACACCGAAAGCCAGAUGCGCGCUAUUCAAAUAGCCCACCGAGAAGCCAAGAACUGGUCCGACUGGGUCGCGCUCGGGACAGUCCGUAUGCUCAGAUGGGGUAUGGACUUGGUGACCGGGUAUCGACAUCCCAAGCCGGGCCAGGAGCACGACGCCAAAUUCAAAAUGACCGAGCAGAAGUGGCUUACUCGAUUCAUUUUCCUCGAGAGCGUGGCUGGCGUGCCAGGCAUGGUUGGAGGCAUGCUGAGGCAUCUGCGGAGCUUGAGACGAAUGAAGAGGGACAACGGAUGGAUUGAAACUCUUCUUGAAGAGGCAUACAAUGAGCGCAUGCAUUUGCUUACCUUCCUCAAGCUUGCUGAGCCGGGAUGGUUCAUGCGACUCAUGGUUCUCGGAGCCCAGGGCGUCUUCUUCAAUGGGUUCUUCAUUUCAUACCUGAUCUCCCCACGCAUCUGCCACCGAUUCGUCGGCUACCUUGAAGAAGAGGCCGUCCUCACCUACACUCGGGCUAUCAAAGACAUUGAGACAGGAAAGCUGCCCGAUUGGGAGAAGUUGGAUGCUCCCGAAAUCGCCAUCCAGUACUGGAACAUGCCUGAGGGCCAGCGCAAAAUGAAGGACUUGUUGCUGUACGUGCGGGCCGACGAAGCCAAGCACCGCGAGGUCAACCAUACACUAGGAAACCUUCAACCGAAUGCGGAUCCGAACCCCUACGCAGCCAAGUACAAGGACCCCUCCAAGCCUCAUCCGACAAAGGGAAUCGAGAAUUUGAAGUCGACCGGAUGGGAGAGAGAAGAGGUUAUUUGA